AUGGUUGAUCUUCAUUCCCUGCCGGCGGGCUCACGCCCCGAACAUGCAAUCCGCAACAAUGGACCCGACAACCUCGUGCUAGAGAGGUACAAAUUGCGCGAGCUGGCGGAAGGCUGGCCUCUUUAUCGAGAUGCCUGCGAAUGGGAGAAUCUCAAAUCCAUCUUCCACCCCGACGCUUACAUCUACACCACCUGGACGGGGAGAACGCACCAUCUGGACUUCAUCGAGGCGUCGCAGGCGGGCAUGGACAAAGGGGCCUUCAUCAUGCACCGCUGCCACGGGAUCACGACCGACAUCAACCGCGAGGCCACGCGGGCGGUGACCAAGAUGAAGGCGACCAUCACGCAGCGAUUCGCGGUCCACGGGUGCGAGGUCGACGCGGAGAGUGAUUGCCGGUUCUGCUUUUUCUGGGUCAAGAUGCCCGAGACCGGCGAGUGGCGGGCGCGCUUUGUAAGGCAUUGGUAUGAAAAGGACAAAUUGAUCCCCGUGAAUCCGGCAAAAGUGCCCAUCCUCGACGAGGAGCGCUUGAUGGACUAUCCGAGUGGUUAUCGGUACCUGGCCUACCUCCAGGAAGCGACCAUGGGCGUCGCGGUGCUCCGCGACAUGCCAGGGCACAGGCGCGAGAAUGGUGUGGAGGGCGGAAGCAAAGACUGCGGAGACAAGCAUGACCUUCUGUAUUGGCAGUGUAAAGCCUGGGUCGAGGGAAAGGAUAUGGAGAUCUAA